AUGGAAAGCAAUGAAGAUGGGACAAUAUACGUGGACGAAUCGGACGGGAUCCAGGAGAGAUUGUAUCAUGACCGCGUCACAGAACGAACCGUCACUGACGUCCUAGACACCAACAAGGAGCUCUUGCAAGAGUUUGAAUCAGUUAGUGCUGCAUUGCGGUCAAAAGCGAUUUCCUUGUCAAAGGUAGCGAAUGAGAGAGUGCAGGACAGUAUGAAAACCCUUAUCGAAAUGAUGAGGAAAAUGGACGUUGAAUUGGCGACCGAACUGAAUCUUCAUCGCUCUACGCAUUCCAAUGGCCCACACUUGGCUAGGCGUAUUGACCUGCCAUUGACAGGUCGUCCCCCAAACCACACGCCAAUUCGUCUCGCUAAGAGAGCGUCACUGAAACCGAAACGUACCCAGCAGGAACACGAGAGCGUAGAAGAGAUGAGUCCGGACGAGAUUCAGUGCUGCAUU